GUGAAAUGGCUCAGUGCAACACUCGCUUCUUCUUUGUAUCGGACGUGAAAAGCUUCGGGUGCGCGUAAUCGGGUGAUCUUAAGUGAUUAUGUCAAUAGUAUCAGGGGAAGCGCUCGCGACGGGCCAGUGACCCCGGCACCAUGAACGCCCGCACGAUAACCUUUGAGCUGUCGAUGGAGGGUCGGCAAGUCGACGAGGUGGUUGCUAGCAUCUUCCACACGGUCCUCUUUCACCGCUCUAGCGGCAAAUUCACGUACAACAGCGAGGAGAGUUAUUCCAUACGCACAGUCAGUUACGUGGACGUGGACUGCGAUUUCAUUGACUUCACCUACGUGUGCUGCGAGUCGGACCUCCUUGGGCGGAACGUGAAGCGGGAGAUAUCGGAGUUCUCGGACCUUCUCCGGGCGGUCGACGCCACCUCUUCGCCUCCUAGGGGGUCCAUAAGUCUCGAGUUCUUCCAGAAACGUCGCAACCGUUGGCCUUUCCAGCCCGAAUGCGUGCCGUGGGAGGUGUGGACCGUGUUCUGUGAGCUUACGGAGUCGCGCAGUGAACAUGAGAUGCACAGUAAGCACGAGAGUGUUGUGGAAAUGCUACAAGAUAAAAUAGUGUUCAUUACAGAGAUAAUUAACCGGCACGAAUACGUGCCAAAGAUGCCGAGUCGCUCGGACGCCGAUCUCAUCUUCGAUACUUCAUAUUCGGACAUACAGCCGUAUCUUUUCAAAAUCCAUUACAACUUGUCCGGCACGCCGCCGGUAUCGGUCGGUAACACGGUCCGCAAACUGAUACGUGACACGCUGUCCUUGUGAUGCAUAUUGUCUUUCUAUUGUCUGUUGUAAUUUUACAAUGGGUUUUAUAAAUAUUACUACCACUGUUUUUGUGGUUUUUGCUAAAUCAAAAUUAAAAAAAUCGGAGACAAUUAUCAAUUUUGAAGCCUAUCUCUUAUAUAAAAGAGGUGUCAAUCUGUUCAUAAUUUUACAAAUGUCUAAUAUUUACCAGUAAAAUUGUCUGUAAUUAUAUGCGACAAUAAAUAAAGUUUUUCUAUGUAAAAAUAUGGUUAUAUUCAUUGUAUGAUAAAUUAUGCAGAAUAGCUUUACUAUGGUCUUAAAUCCAAUGAACAUUUUAUUUAAUAGAGAGCCAUUUACAAUUUGUUUUUUUGCCACAUAUGUGUUUAUUUUAUGAGAUCGUCAAAAGAGGCAUGUGUGACAGAGAUGGAUGCAGUACAAUAGUGGCAUAAUGCAUAUUAUCCAAUAAGAUGAAAUAGGUCCCUUACUGAUAUGUAUUGAUGAGAUCCACCUAUACAGAUGACGUCGGCUUUUCCGUCAUCUUAUUUUUAUUUUACUAUACUUAUAAAUGUUUUAAAAAAUCUAUUAUUUUAAUUUCAUAUUUGUGUAAAUAAUUAUGUAAAAAUAUAAACAAUUGUUUGUUGUGAUUAAUAAUAUAGUUAGUUUCAUUUCGUACUGAUUGAUGUAAUAAUGCAACAUUUCCUAAUCCUAUAUAUUAGUUGCAAUUGUGUUGUUUGUACUUACCAACGCUUUGUUAAUUGCACAAAAUGUUUAUGCAUGAGGAAUUACGCUUUACCGUUUAAGUUCACUGUUGCGGUUGAUAUCCUGCAAUCCACUCAACUCCAGCUUUAUUUUAACACCCUAACGACUGCUAGUUUUAUUAUGUAUUCGUUUAUAGAUGGUUGUACUUUUAAAUAACAUAAAAUAAAUUUUUCGCCUAUUGUAAUAUUAGUCAUUAUAGUUUAGUUGUAAUAGUUUCGGAGCUAUGACUCAGAUGGCUGGUUGAUGUGUCCACUCUUAUAUGAUUUAUUUAGGAAUUCAAGUUGGUCUGUUGUUUGCGUACUCUUAAGUUUAUAUAAAUAAAUGCAAACUUAGACAGGGUUAAGGUUUUAACGAUACGUAUUGUAUAGAUAAGUUUUAGGCUUAAAAUUAGUUACCUAAUAAAUGUUGCCCUAUAAUUUAGUUUUAUCUAGUAUCUAGCUAGACUUGGUUUUUAUCUAAGGUCACCAUAGCGAUCAGUGUUUUAUUAUAUACCUAUUAGGUGGCACGAAUAUUUAUGUAUUGUGUGAAAAUGAUAUUGCAGUGUUUAUUACUUUAUUGAUUGCUAUGAUGAAUGUGUGGAAUAUUGUUCAUGCGGCCGAUGAAUUAAAUGCCGUGAAUUCCUGUAUAUCACACUCAGUGUAUAUAAUAUAGUAUAGUUUGACUAUUUGGUAUGUUUUUUUUUUUUAUUAUAUUAAAAUAAUCGCUUUGUGAUAUUGCUGGCGAAAAUUGACAAGUGUGAAUAAUUAUAAAUUAUGAUUUUAUUAUGAAUGUAGAAUUAUAUAGCUAUUGAGCCAUUAAUGAAACUUAGGAAUCUAACGACUUAGUUAUACAUUGAAUUGUGUAUAGAAAAUAAUAAUGUACAGUAUAAUUAUAUGUUUUUCUCAUAUUUUAAUUGAUAAUUCGAAUAAUGCAUGUGAUUGGAUUAUUGAGAGCUUUAUCGAAGUAAAUAUUCAGCUAGUACAGCAUAGUUUGUUAGUGAGAUCGUUCUACAUAACGUAUAUGUAUGUAAUGUUUGUUAGAGUAGCGAUGGAUUAUGCGUGGAGUCUUGUAGUGUAUAAGUUACCCUAUAAAAGUGACUAGUGCCCUAAAUUCUGGUGCGUGUAGCGAUUCAGAUACGUUUAAAACCUAACCUUAAUACUUUCUCAUCAGGUUUAGUUUUAUUUGGUAUCAUACUAAUUGCAAUCGUACGCACAAGAAUUCGGCACAGUUCAUAUUGUUAUUACUCUUUUCGUGUUUAUAUUGGCGGUAUAGGCCGCGUUAUAGUAUUCGCUCAUUGGUUCGCUAACCAUCUGUUAACCUUGAAUCUGUAUGUUUCUAUUUAUAUAAUGUAAAAAAUAAACAUUUUAAACUAUCUGCAGUCGCAGUAUCUACUACGCCGUACUUCGUAAAACCUGGUAGGUAUUGUAUAUUUUUGGAAAUGUCUAUCUGCAACAGUACUUGUAGUUUCUCAUUCAUAAAAUAAUUGAAACGCUUUUAGGUUAUUAUUUAGGGACGUUAAAUUGAGUCCAUCCAUGAUUAACUUCUUAUUGUUUACUAUCCUACCUCAGUUUGUGACUAUAGCUUUAGGGAUUUGCAUCUUGAUCGAAAGAUAAAACUCAUUAUUUGUAUCUUACGAUGCACAGAAUAGAAAAAUUAGUUGAAAUGAUCUCGUAACUUUUAUAUUACAUCUGUUGUCUAGGGCACAGUUACAAAAUAAUAUUUCUCAUAAUACAAUAGCGUCAGGCGUCACAAAAUUAAACGUGAGGACUGUGCAAUAAAUAUUUUUUUACAGUAAUUAAUGCUUUAUUUCAUAGUGAUAAAGAUGAAUUUUAAACGCUGAAGUUUCUUAUAUGGAAAAAUUUUAACAUUUAUUUUAAAUCUCGUAUAUUACAAUAUUUACGCAAUAUGGGUAUCAUUAUUAUAAACUAUUUUUAACAAAAUGGAACUAUUUACAAUAAUUCUUACGACGAUAUUAAUGAAGUUGAUAAUUCUUUACUAUUAUGAAUUGAUUAAAUAGAACAAAAAAAAAAAGCGUUCCUUGCAUUUCUUCUGUUUUUCUCUUCUGUGCUAUGAUUGUUUUCGGAUCGGGAUUUUAUAUGAUGGCUAUUAUUAUUUCAGAAAUAUUUAUAUUGUAUCGGAACUCGUGUACUCCGGUUCGAAGCCAAUCACUACUUGUACCUACGAUAGUACCUAUAAGAAAUGAAUUUCGUCACCAAAGACAAGGCUGUCCCCAGCCCAUUAUAUCUAAUGCACUUCAAUAUUUUGUCCACUGUUCGUAUGUUGUUACUAUUUAUUUAUAUCCACUCGUAAUUCCCAUAUCAUUGAGUACCUAAUUGUAUAUUGUUUUAAAAUGUUUACAUAAAUCUGGUGAUGAGACAAUAUAACUAUAUAUAUAUAUAUCUAUAUUUAAUUCUAUUCUAAUACCUUGAUUGUGUGCCUGUUUCUCAAAGUGUGGGGCUAUUCUGCACGUUGAAAUAAAAUGUAUUAAUUAUUAUAUUACUGCACACAACUUGCUAUGGCCUUAUUUGACAGAUGGUUUAAGAUAAAACGUCGUGAAGCAUGAACGGCUGUUACAGAGUUUAUAAUGAUACAGAAUGUAUAUGUUGUGAUGUAUAAGUUCAAAAAUUCUGAAAAAAAUUUUAGUCUUGUGAUAAUUUAUAUUAAUAAUAUGUGAAUAAAUGAUGAAGUAUUA